CAAAAAUGGGAUUACUUGGCGCGAGAUGAGAGAGAGAGAUCCGUGGUUGAGCGAUGGCCUUUCCUUUUCUUUCCAACGCCAUCACCCCCUCCUCCUCCCAAUUGAACUCUCAACGUCUCCAUUUUUGUCCUCUCUGCAAAUCCUUUCUCCCCGUUUCCUUCUCUUCCAAGAAAUUCGCCUCCUUCUCCAUUCUCAACUCCACCAAGAUGGAAGGAAAUCAAAUUACGGAAGAAGUUGCAGAGAAACAAAACGAUGCAAGGAGAAAGAUCUUUGUGGCCGGUGCAUCGGGAAGUACUGGAAAAAGGAUUGUGGAGCAGUUGCUGGCUAGGGGUUUUGCAGUCAAAGCCGGAGUUCGAGACGUGAGCAAGGCUAAAGCUACUCUUUCCCCAGACAAUCCUGCUCUUCAAAUCGUGAAAGCGGAUGUGACUGAAGGCUCUGCGAAGUUGGCAGAAGCCAUAGGUUCCGAUUCUGAAGCAGUAAUUUGUGCUACAGGCUUUCGCCCAGGCUGGGAUUUAUUUGCGCCAUGGAAGAUCGACAAUUUUGGCACUGUAAACCUUGUUGAAGCAUGCCGUGAGUUGGGCAUAAACAGAUUUGUUCUCGUCAGUUCCAUUUUAGUGAAUGGAGCUGCAAUGGGGCAGAUUCUCAACCCAGCUUAUAUCUUUCUAAAUGUUUUCGGGCUCACCUUGAUAGCAAAGCUUCAAGCAGAACGCCACAUCAGGAAAUCGGGUAUUGACUACACAAUCAUAAGGCCUGGAGGUUUGAAAAAUGAGCCUCCCACUGGAAAUUUAGUCAUGGCAGCAGAAGAUACUCUUUAUGAAGGAAGCAUAUCAAGAGAUUUAGUUGCAGAAGUAGCUGUUGAGGCAUUGGUUCGCCCGGAAGCGUCUUACAAGGUUGUCGAAAUAGUUUCUCGCGCUGAUGCGCCGAAGCUUUCAUAUGAGGAUCUUUUUGGCUCCAUAAAGCAGCGUUAGUUGUCUUCAUAUGCUAUCUUAUUCUCAGAAUUUUAAGUGUUUUGAUAUCUUGCUUUCUGGCAGCGGUGCCUCAUUUCAAAGCCAGUUUGAGAUAUAUUCAAGCUGCAUUUCACUGCAUUGUAAUGUAUUGAUUCUGUUAAUACAAUACAUUAAUUUGCUAAUGAUGAUAUGUAGUUUACUUAU